CAGACAGUCUUCUCGCCGCUUAUCUAGCUCCAUGCCUUAAAUUCCAUCUUCUAUCUUCCUCCAUGGUUACGUCACUGCAACACACACUCUAUUUGGACCCCACCAAAUCAGACGAACAAACCCUACCGGCGAAAUCAAGCAUUAAAUUCACUCACGCUUUUCCCGUGAACACGAUUUUUCUAUUUUCUGAAAGUCCCGACAAGAUCUCUUUGAUUGUUUCGUUCCAUAAAUCCCUUUGAAACCGCAUUUUGCUACAGUGUAUGAGUUGAUCAAAUAGUGUUAAGCAAUGUCCUCUACUGAUAGAGAGGAUUCAUACAAUGGGCAGCAGCUGUUGAGGGACAUUAAGGAGGUAAGCAAAGCUCUUUACUUGAACAACAACCCACCUCAGAGGCCACUCCUUUCGUUGCCUCCUCCUGUCCGAUCUAGAUCUCUUGCAGAGAAUGGACUUUUACUGCCAGAUAAGAAGAAGAGAUCGUCAGUAGCAUGGGACUGGAAGAAGCCUCUGAAAGCUAUAGCUCAUUUGGGGCAGCGUAGGUUUGAUGUUUGUUUCCUUCUCCACGUUCACUCCAUCGAAGGCCUGCCUUCGAGUUUGGACGGUACUAAACUAGUUGUCCAGUGGAAGAGGAAAGACGAGGUGAUGUCCACUCAACCUUGCAGUGUUUCGCAAGGAACUGCCGAGUUUGAGGAGACUUUGACGCAUAGAUGUUCGGUCUACGGUAGCAAACAUGGGCCCCAUCGUUCUGCGAAAUACGAGCAGAAGCUUUUCUUGGUCUGUGCCUCUCCCGUCGAUGCUCCCUGGCUUGUUCUAGGGAAGCACUGGGUUGAUCUCGCCAGGAUCUUGCCUUUGUCUCUUGAGGAGAUGGAAGGUGCGAGAAGAAGCUCGAGGAAGUGGGACACGAGCUUCGAGCUGUCUGGUGUGGCGGAGGAGGGUUCUGCUGUGUUGAAUCUUAGUUUUGAUUACUCGGUUGUCACCAGCUCUGUCUGUGAUUCAACUAGUGGUGGUGGUGGGAGUGUGGUGCUGAAGCGAGUUGGUAGUGUUCCGAGUAUGGAGCGUAGAUCUUCUUCACCGCUUGAUGAUGGGAAUGGGAAGGUCUCCCAUCAACUCUCGCCGAAUCUGAGCCUUGAUCUUUCAAGGUCGGUUGAUCUUCUCUAUGAAAAACUUAGCGAACAAAACCAAGAAAGAUCAACAGGAACUGAUGUAAAGUAUGACCAUCUGGAGACUGAUAAGCAAGCAGAUGACUCUGACAACACUGGAAAAAGAACUGAUUCAAAGGAGUCCUCAGAAAUUGAAAUAAUUGAUGUCCUUGAGUUACUUAAAGACGAAGAUGAAGAUGCAGCCGUUUUAGAGGAAACCUUUUUUGUUGAUCAGUUAUCAGUGGCCGAGCUAAAAAGUGGAGGCCCCAAGUCUGCUUUAAGUAGCCAUGUUGAGAUUAAAUCUUCAUCAGCCAUCGAUGAUUCUACUGACAAAGAAGCUAAAUCUAGUUACAAAGCUGCAAUGAUAUUGACGAAGUCACGAAGCUUGGAUGACAUUACCGAAUCUGUGGCUAAUGAUUUUCUAAAGAUGCUUGAACUUGAGGAAAGUUCUUAUAUAUAUACCUCAGAUGGUGAACCUACAUCUCCGCGUGAAUCUCUGCUUCGAGAGUUCGAGAAGGAGGCUCUGGCUUCUGGAAACUGUCUCUUAGAUGGUGGGGGAGAAGAAUAUGUGUCUGAUACUGAUGAGGAACCGAAUGAUUUCUCAUUCUCCUCAAGUUCCGUGGGUGAGGGAAAGUCUCAGAUCUUAAUAAGCAGAAGGAGUGCCAAGCUACUUGAAGAUUUGGAAACUGAAACUUUAAUGCGAGAAUGGGAGUUAGAUGACAACAGUGUUUGCUCCGAUGGGUUUGGAAGUCCAAUAGAGCUUCCGGUUGGCGAGGAACUAGAUUUGCCGCCACUUGGAGAUAAUAUUGGUGGUCCUUUUGUUUGGACAAAAGGAGGAGGGUGUAUCCGGUCUAUGAGUCCGUUAUUGUUCAGAAAGUGUAAGGAUGCAUCACGUCUGAUCAUGCAAGUUUCAGUCCCUGUGGUGUUAGUACCAGAAUUAGGUUCUGAUGUUCUUGAAAUACUUCAAAGUUUGGCAGCUUCUGGAAUCCAAGGGCUCUGCUCUGAGAUUAAUGCAUUGAUGCCUUUGGAAGAUAUCGUGGGGAAGACAAUACAUGAAGUUAUCGAGGACACAGCAUUUGAGAGAACCGCACAUGAUUGUUCUUCAAAAGAAAAUUUUGGGGGCUUUGGAUCAGGUUAUGUACCUCUUGACGCUCUUGCUUCCUUAGCUAUUGAUGGGAUAGAGAGUCUGUCGGUAGAAGGAUUAAAGAUUCAAUACAGCAUGUCAGACCAAGAUCCACCAUCAGUCACUGCACCAAAACCCAUGGAUCAAUCCGAGGCUUUGGAGUUGAUUAGUUUUUCGUUAACGUUGGAUGAGUGGUUAAGGCUUGACCAUGGAACAUCAGGAACACAUAUGAGAAAGAGAAGCUCAGCUCACCAUGCCUAUCAAGAUCAAGCUUCUAAUGGAAAGGGUAAUAAUACCUUAGGGAACAAGUUGACACUUGCUCUUAGAGUAUUGCUUAGAGAUCCAUCUCGAUAUAAUGAACCUGUUGGUGCAUCUAUGCUUGCUCUGAUUCAAGUUGAAAGGUCUCUGGUUUCCUCAGAUCCACCUGUGUGUAGUUUGGCUCAAGAAGAGUCCUUUGAUGACGAUACACAUUUGUGGAGAAUCAUUGACAUUGGUCUUGCGGGUUUGAAAACUGAGCCUGGUGUAGACCAUCCGUGGGGUACGAAAACCCAGCAAGAGUCUGGAUCCCGCUGGUUACUUGCAAGUGGUACUGGCAAAACCAACAACUGUCAAGCUUCUAAGUCAAAGGCGAUCAUUGUAUCAAACCCACAAGCAACCAGAAAGAACUUGGACUCAUUGUGGAGUAUAACAAUCGAUAGCAGGCACAAUCAAGAAGGUGAUUUGAAUAGUAGCUCUGCUGCCUUUGUUCCACUAACAAGAAAUUCAGAUGUGAUAUUUUCUGAUGAUAUAACAAAAGGAUUGUGAUAGUAGCAUUUCCAUCGGGAUAUUAUCUUAUACAUUGUUUCCACUCUGCGUAAGAGCACAUCAUUUUGAUGUGAAAGCAGCAGUCUUCUUUUUCUACUUGAAUGUGUAUGAGAAAAUAUAUAUUUUUAAGUAAAUAUACUUCCCUUUGCAUC